CCCCUUUGUGUGGGCACCAGUCGCCGGCCGCGCUCCCGAGAAGCUGCUGCCGCCAUUUUGUGCGCGCCUGUGUUCGCGCCCACCCCCGCCCGCCUUUCCGGGGGAGCGGCGGCACCGGGGCCGCCCCGACUGUGCUGCCGGUCAGGUGAGGCGGAGCGGAGGCGCCGGGCCGCGCCGAAGCAGCUACCGCCGGCGGCCGCCGCAGCCGUGAGGUCGCGUUGCUCGCAGCGGGAAGAAGCGGCAAGACGGAGCAGGAGGGGAAAAAACCUCCGGAGCUGCCCCCGAACAGGAGGAGGAGUCUCGGCGCCAGGCCCAGGCGCGGCCCCGGAGGCAGCAUGGAGAACUCGCAGCUGUGCAAGCUGUUCAUCGGCGGGCUGAACGUGCAGACCACGGAGGCUGGGCUGCGGGAGCACUUCGCGGCCUACGGCACCCUCACCGACUGCGUGGUCGUGCUGAACCCGCAGACCAAGCGCUCCCGAUGCUUCGGCUUCGUCACCUACUCGGCGGUGGAGGAGGCGGACGCCGCCAUGGCCGCGUCCCCCCACGCGGUGGACGGGAACGCGGUGGAGCUGAAGCGGGCCGUGUCCCGGGAGGACUCGGCCAAGCCCGGCGCUCACGCCAAGGUGAAGAAGCUCUUCGUGGGCGGCCUCAAAGGGGACGUGGGCGAAGGGGACCUGGUGCAGCACUUCAGCCAGUUCGGCCCCGUGGAGAAGGCCGAGAUCAUCGCCGACAAACAGAGCGGGAAAAAGCGCGGCUUCGGCUUCGUCUACUUCCAGAACCACGACGCCGCCGAUAAGGCGGCCGUGGUCAAGUUCCACCCGAUCCAGGGCCACCGAGUGGAGGUCAAGAAGGCCGUGCCCAAGGAGGACAUCCAGGCGGGCGGGGGAGGCGGCGGCUCUUCCAGGCCCUCCCGGGGAGGCAGGGGAGGAAGGGGUCGGGGCGGCGGCGGCUCCGGCAACCGGGAUCACAACGGGCUUUCCAAAGGAGGCGGCGGCUACAACAGCUACGGCGGCUACGGCGGGGGAGGAGGCGGCGGGUACGGCUCCUAUGGCAGCGGUUCCUACGGAGGCGGCGGCGGAGGGGGAGGCGGAGACUACGGCAACGGGUACGGCGGGUUCGGCAGCUACAGCCAGCACCAGUCCUCCUACGGCCCCAUGAAGAGCGGCGGAGGAGGUGGAGGAGGGGGCGGCAACUGGGGGGGCCGCAGUAACAGUGGACCGUACAGAGGAGGCUAUGGUGGGGGAGGCUACGGGGGCGGCUCUUUCUGAGCUGGAGCGCCCAUACCCAUUGAUGGGGGGGCGUGGAGAGCCCUCCCUUCGAUACGGGGCAGCUUCCAAAUGGUUUCUCCCCUCAUUCGCCGAAGGGCAGCUCCUUUUAAAUGCCUCCCUGCUGUGGGAGCGGCUCCUAAAUGCCCCCUGAGGGUCGCCUCUGCUGCCUGUGCCACUUCUUUCUCUCUGAAGAUGGACUGGGCCCCACAUACACAUAUUUUGUGUUACAGUCAUUGAUGGACUCUAUUUUUUUAUUAUUACUUGGACCUUGGUCGUUUUUAUACUAGCAACGAAAAAUGUCUUGUUUUAAUUUGUUUUUUGGGGGGUGCAGGGUGGGAAGUGUCUUGCUGAUCUGGAGUAAAAACUGGGGAGGGUUGGGGGGAAGUUCCUUUGUUGUAAGGACUCGAUGCCUGGAUACUACGUUUUUUUCUACAAAAGCUACUCGGAUCCCAUGACUGACUUUUAACAUUUCUGUAAAGGAAGAAAAAAUGGUUUUUACGUUUUUUAUUUUUUAAAUAAAUCAUUGUGUUCAUUGACCUUUA